AUGGAAAAUGUGCAACAAGCAUACAGAGAACAGAAUUUGAAAAUGAAUGAAUAUUUGGAAAAAAAUCGGAGAUUGGAGUAUGAUUUACAACAAGCCAAUGUAACUGCUAACAAUCAAAUUUCCAAAUUAGAGACAACCAUUAACGAAUUGAACAAUCAAAAGAAACAGCUCGUUCAUAACAUUAAUGAACAAAAUCAAAGAGUUCAACAAAUAUAUUCCGACUUGACAAGGGAGCAACAGUUAAACAAACAAUAUUUUAAUGAGAUUGAACGAUUGAAAUCUUCACAAAAACAAUUAGAAACUCAGUAUAGCGGAUACAAUGGUUUACUUGAGGAAAGAGAGAAUGAAUUAGCAAAUUUGGAAACUGCUUUGGAACAAUUACAAAUGGCUUCUGAAAAGGAAAGCUCUAAAUUGAAACAAACCAUUCAAAAGAAGGAUGAAGAAAUUGCAAAACUAAAAAAUUUAAACACAACUCUUAAACAAGAGGCAGAUCAAGUCGAGGAGCUGAAGAAAGAAAUUGAAGAAUUGAAAACAAAGCUUAGUGAACAGGAGGAAACGACCACAAACAUGGAAGAGUUAAAUAACUCGCAAAGCGAAAUUGUGACACGAAUGCUCGAAGAUUGCAUGAGCAGGUUAAAUGAUGAAAAUCUUGUGGAUAGACGUGUCGUGUCACGCAUGCUUCUCACUUUGGUCUCCAAUAUUGGUGACAUGGCACAGCAACAGGCGGUAUUCAAAUUCCUUCUCAAAACUCUCAAUAUAACCUCAUUCGAAGAAGAACAGCUGCUGCAGAACGCCCUUGUCUAUUUACAACAAGAACGAUUCAAGCAAUUACUGACUAGAAAGAAGACCUUUUCAGAAUUGUUCGUCACCUAUUUAUUGGAGGAAGCAAAUAAACCUCCAAACAAACCUUAA